AUGGAUUUCAAUCCAUUUACUCAGCCUUCAAACUUUGUUGAUCUGCUUAGCAGUCAACAAAAUGUUGUCUUCGGUAACUUAUCAGAUAGUGUAGGGCAAUCUUCCUCCCAAGUUCCCUUCUUAGGAAGUCAAGGCACCGAGGACAGUCCACCAGUGCGUAAAGAAAGAAGGACGUGGACGCCUGAAGAUGAUGUGGUGCUCAUCAGCUCGUGGUUAAACACGAGCAAGGAUCCCAUAGUAGGGAAUGAGCAAAAGUGUGAUGCCUUCUGGAAAAGAGUAGCUGCAUACUACUCUGCUAGUCGAAAGGGCUCUGAUCAUAGAGCAUUAUCUCACUGCAAGAACCGUUGGCAGAAGAUCAAUGACCAUGUAUGCAAGUUUUCCGGAGCAUAUGAUGCUGCAACCAGACAGAGAACCAGUGGGCAAAAUGAGAAUGAUGUUCUCAGACUAGCCCACAUAAUCUACUUCACGAAAGUGAAAAAGAAGUUCACUCUUGAGCAUGCUUGGAAAGAGUUGCGUCAUGACCAGAAGUGGUGUUCCCUGUCUACUGCUAAAAAAGAUGGAAGCUCGAAGAAGAAGAGGUGUGAGGAUGGUUCAGAAUCAGCAAACUCUAAAGCAACAGAAGAAGAUUCUUCUCUUCAUGAUGAAUCAACAAAACGUCCCAUGGGUGUUAAGGCAGCAAAGAAAGCCCUUAAAGAAAGGCUGUCUAAGAAGACAGUGGAUGAUGGGAAGGAGCUAUCUGAUUUUCAGACAAUGUGGGGCAUCAAGAUGAAGGAUUUAGAGGUGAAAGAAAGGAUGUCCAAGAUAAAUGAAAGGAAGUCCAAGAUGAAGCUACUUGCCAGUCUCUAUGCUAAACAAGAACCUCUUGCGGAUUAUGAAGAAGCUUUGAAGAAGAAACUCAGUGAAGAGUUGAUGUGA